CGUAAACGCCUAUGUCUUGGGCGGCGGCGGCCUUGAAAAGACCGCAAUAUUCAUUCAGAUUCCAUCCUGCCGACGGUAAAGAAAGAGAUAGACAUAGAUACCGUGGCCCCGUCCCGGACCCGGGUGCAGCUAAAGAGAUAAACCGCAGGCGAAGCAAAAGCUACUAGCUUUUCGCUUUCACUUACCACACAACGAAAAGAAUGGACAAGAAAAGUUUAGGAAAAUGAGUGCUCGCACUGCAGCUUCAUCCGCCGGCGCAGGUGCCAGCAGCGCAAAAAUGUGGCAUUAUUGCUCUACAAAAUCGUCCAACAGAAAUAAAUCACUUCUGAAAACGCUCCCGGUGAAUCUGCAAAGGCAGGUGAUGAGAGACGUGUUGCGAAAUAAACAAGUGGAAUUUGCAGGAACAACACCGAUAUGCAAUGCAAAAGCAUCGUACUAGUGUAAAUUGCAAUACAAAUUGGCUCAGCAUUACAAAUUAAAUUUGUAAUGCGGAUCUACCUUAAAAAAAUUUGUAAUGCAUGCAUAACUCCAAUUACCAUUAGUACGAGUACGAUACUUUUGCAAUGCAUAACCGAGUUGCAGUACAACGCGCAAUAUCAAAUGGAAAUAUGUCUGGGUCUGGAAAGUUGGAACUUGUAAUGCGUGUCUCUCAUCUCAGGAAAAUCUGUGGUGCAUGAGCAGCAAAUGGGCAGCUUUUCUUGUCAUGCAAAAACGCAAUUUGUAUUUGUCAUGCGUGUUAGGUAUCAGGAGUCGGUUCGAAAGCUUGUCAUGCUUGGCUGCCAUUGCAAGUGUUGCAAUCAUGCGCAAGUCAGCAUCACAGAUUUCCAGACCGAGACACAUUUGCAGUUGACACGCAACACAAAUUAUGUUGCCACAGGUCGUGGACCAGCCGCGUCCGUUCUCCUGUCCGGACCGCUUGUGGUAUGAGAGUGCACAAUCACCCCCCUCCCCCUCAUUUGUAUGGCAUGAACAGCAAUACAAACACGAGGAACAAAUGGAGCCUGUGCAUGACAAGUUUAUGUGCCUAAUGUGGUACUAGUAUUUUUCUGGCUUCCGGUUCCGUAAUUUGUGAUGCACAAUAGUGUCACAAGGGAACAACUGGAGUUGCGAUUUUGCAUGAGAGAUGAGGACGAGGGGGAGUUCUUGUGCACUGUCAUAUGUGGACGAAGAAAGCCGGUUGCCCUCGCGGGUAACCCUGCAGGAGGCAAACUCCUUACAGGCUAUCGAGAACGAAUGGCGCAUGGAAUCACUAUCCUGGGCCAGUAGCAGCGGCAAAAUAUCAAAGGCGAUGAGUUCAUCUUUGGGAGGAGCAAGAACUUCUUCAUCUUCACAGUUGUGCACAACAAGUUCCAGCGUCGACCACGUCGAAGAUCAUGCACAACGCCCGACCCUCUACCAGCAGCUCAACCACAAUGGCAAGCAAUUCCGCCCCAGUAUCCCGCUCACGCGCGCCCAGGAAACGCAGCUCAUCGUGGACAUUUUUCCCAACGAGUGCCCCUCCUUCCUGGAGAAGCGCAAGCGGUGCCACAAGCACCUGUGGGUUUGUUUGAAGCGCAGGCGGUUCCGGGAGUGUGCCUUCAUCCUGGAGCAAAUGCAGCUCCGGCAAAUAUGCAUCGCAAAAGGAUCACACUCGUACUGAAAAUUCUUGCAAUCGUGAUGCAUUGCAGACCUUUUUCUUAAGGUAAAAAAAUGCUAAGGAAAGUUGUCAUGCGAAUCUUACUAGUGUAGUACAAGUACAAGUACGAUACUUUUGCAAUGCAUAGCAGAUUCCUUUCGACGAAAUCAGCUAUAAUUUCGCGAUUUACCUGCAGCUUUUGAACUAUUCCUGCGUCGAACAGAAUGUCUGUAGCUCCGAGCCGUCGUCAGCGCGCGGAACAGGAGCACCAGGUAGUACAACGAAAAGCGCACUAUCAACAACGUCGAUGCCCCCAAAGCGCCCGUCCUACGCCUCGCGGUUGAAUCGGAACGAGUCGUCUGUCAUUGACGCGAAAAACCAUUUGCUACUGGAAAAUAUCGCACGAACAAAGUGUUUCACUGUAACGAUUUUGCAAGUCCUGGAUCACAAGUUCGUUACACAUGACAAAGAAAAUUUGCCAUGCGAGACUCCUAAAAUAAAAGGGAAAACACGGCUGAAAAUCCCUUGUCUUGGUUGUAUGUGUAGCAAGACAAAUGCUUCUGUGUUCCAUUUUUUGCAUCACAAGUUUACACUGCAGAAACAGUUUUUUCUUUCGAUAGAAAACCGCAGGAAAGCGGUAGCGAAUUCCUUCGCGUUUCUCACCCAGAUGCGGUCGGAAAACAUCUACCACUAUCCUCUGCAAAAGUAUCGUACUCGUAGUAAUUGCAGUCAUGCAUUACAAAUCUUUUUCUUGAGGCAAAUGCGCAUUACGAAUUCCAUAUCUGAUGCUAAGAAAAUUUGUAAUGCAAUUUAUCCUAGUAUGAUGCUUUUGCAGUUCAUAACCACCCAACGCUGCUGAUAUCCGACGCUGCAGAAGUCCUCUCGCUGCACCCGCUAUACUAAUUACUGAUAAAAGAAUUCUGAUUGACAAAACUCAAAUUGCCAAGUCCUCGUCGGACCAGCACGGCAAGCAAACUCCACCUUUCAUGUUGCUGCGCAGAUUUCUUUUUAUGAAUAUGCGAUCUGUAUAUUAACCUGUAAUGAGGUAGAGGUGCUCCUUUUGCAACCAUGCAUAGCUGAGGCUGCACGCGAAUUUUCUGAGCGCCUACGAAGAGUUGGUGUGUGUGAACGCAUAUGCUUUGCAAGAGUAUCGUACUCGUACUCAUUGCAGUCAUGCACUACAAACCUUUUUCUUAAGGUAAAUCCGCUUGACAAAUUCCAUUCCUCAUGCUGAGGAAAUUUGUCAUGCGAUUUGUGCUAGUACGAUGCUUUUGCAGUUCAUAACGCGACCCCGAACGAGGAAAACUUACGCAAGGUGGUGAAAUAUCAACUGCAAAAAUGUCUGGGUCUGGAAGAAUGCAAGUUUGUCAUGCUUGUCUGGCAUGACUCGAGAAUCUGUGUUGCAUAGGCACGAAGAGGCCCUCUUACCUGUCAUGCAAAAACGCAGUUUGCCAUGCGGAAUACGUAAGACAUGGGAGCCAAAAAAUUUGUCAUGCAUAGCUGCGUAUUGCAGUGCGUCUCCCUUUCACUUUUAGCAUUACAAGUUUCCAGACCCAGACAUUUUUGCAAUCCAUAUGAAAACUUUCUGGGAGAUAGCGCUCUCGUUCAAAAAGAGGCGGAUCCGAGCGCUGAAGGUAUGAACUGCAAAAGUAUCGUACUCGUAUAAAUGCAUUACAAAUUUCCUCCGCAUGAGAAAGAAAAUUUGUAAUGCGGAUUGACCUUAAGCAAAGGAUUUGUAAUGCAUGAUUGCAAUACGAGUACGAUACUUUUGCACAGGAUAGAAGGAGAGAAUUCGCAACGGAGAAUGCGCGGAUAUGGCAUUCUCAACUGUUACAUUCUUCACUGAAGCAUGAAUUUGCGAUGCAAGAACCGCAAAAGCCAAAGGGGGAAGGUUGCACCUGUUCCUUUAGGUGCUGCCUAGCCCUUCGCAGAUUUGUCAUGUGAAGCAGCUUGAUCGUGUGCAUGAUGUUGGGAAAUUUUGCAUUACAAAUGUUUGUAAUGCUUGAGAAUGUAACGUUUGAAAACCCCAUAACGGGCGAGGUGCGGGAAAGGGUGGGUCUAGUAGACCACGACGAGAUAUGCAAGGCAAAAGCAUCGCGCUAGUAGGAAUCGCACCACAAAUUCGGUCAGCAUGACAAAUGGAAUUUGUCAUGCUGUUUUGCCUUGGGAUGGAGAUUUGUAAAUGCAUGUCUGCAAUUACUACGAGUGCGAUGCUUUUGCACAGGAUACGAGACGGCACAGACCCAGGAGACUCUCAAGGCGCAAACUUCGUGGAGUAGCAGCGUCGAAGCUGCUGGACGGCGCACAGGAAGUCAUAGUACUUCCGAGCCAGAGGAGGUUGUAGCAGGACUUCGGGGCGGGGUUGUACUACGGAAGCCAGCAAUCUUGUUGGAUAGCAAAGUCGUGUCUCCUCUUCACUCCAGCAGUGCUGACGGUGGCGGAAAUGGGCAUCAACAAUGCGCCAAGAUGAACGCGUCCUCCGCCGCCACGGAUCAUCUUGAUUUCGGGCGGUCGUUGUUCCCUGGAGUUGGUAAAGACCCGGACGGCGAGGUCGAAGCAGCUGACCACGACGAGCAGGAUCGAAGUGAGUCGGCUGAUGAAUCCUUCAGCGAAAAAAGAACUGGCGAUGAACAAAUUUUCUCGGUUAUCCUAUGUAAAAACGUCCCCACGCACGUCAUAUUCAAGCUGGGAAGUCUGCAACACAAAUCCCCAACUUUUGGGAGUUCUCCAUGACAAGUUUCGAUCUGCAGUGUAGUGCUGGGUAGCAAGGAAAGCCGCACGAGAAAGCCACUUUCUCAUCCUGUUUACAGCAUUACAAGUGCCAAAACUACACGACUGGAAACGCGUCUCAUGGAGAUGCGCAUUACAAAUGUUUCUGUCAUUGCGCAUUUGCAUGACAACGCUGGGGUGGGAACGUUUUUACAUAUGAUAUCGGCCUCAUGGUUGUCCACGUCCGCCACACCACGCCCCGGCGACGCAUAUCUGACAGAAGACGCGGGUAGUUGUACCAUCGCAGGCAUGAGGAUGAGCUCAACCUCAACAGCAGCCGUCUGCAGAAGGGGAAAAGUGGUCUUGUCAAAGGAGACGGGAAAAUUGGAAUACCAAAUUAUUUCUUGACAAAAAAUAUAAUGCGCCGGUUUUAUGCUAUGCAAAAAUGUCUGCUGAUCGUUUCCGUCAACUACAUAAUUGUGUAUGACAAGAAGAAAGCGAACAAAAGCGCAUUUUUUUCUUCGU